CCUUAUAUCAACUCAAACUCACACAACACUAUACCUAGAGAACUUAAGUGCCUUAUUGAUUCUAUAUAUCUAUCAAUAGUUAAUUACGUGUAUAUUAUAUAGUGUGGCAUAGAAGAAUUUAGAAGAUGCGUUCAUCAGAGGAUAAUAAGGGGUCUAAAUAUUCUUCUAGCUUCCCUUAUUGGUCCUUUCUAUGCUGCAAAAGUAGCAUUUCUUCAUCAGAAAUUGAACCAACCCAUGAAAACAAUAUGAUGAGCAACGAAUCUUCAGAGUUAUCACAUGCCAAUGAGAAAAAGAAGCCCGGUGGAUGGAAGGCCAUGCCUUUUAUCUUAGGGAAUGAAUCUUUUGAGAGGUUAGCAGCAUUCGGUUUAUUUGCCAACUUUAUGGUGUAUUUGACAAGAGAAUUUCAUAUGGAACAAGUAUAUGCUUCAAAUAUUCUAAAUAUAUGGGGUGGUGUCACUAAUUUCUUCCCUUUAAUUGGUGCCUUCAUUUCUGAUGCCUAUGUUGGUCGCUUCCGGACCAUAGCUUAUGCUUCAUUUGCUUCUUUUCUGGGUAUGAUGGUGGUGACUUUAACAGCUUGGUUACCAAAAUUGCACCCUCCAGCAUGCACUCAAGAGCAGCUAGCCUUAAACCAAUGUGUUAGGGCAAGCCCAUCAAACAUUGGUGUUCUGAUCUUGGGUCUCACCGUGAUGAGCUUAGGCUCGGCUGGCAUAAGGCCGUGUAGCAUACCCUUUGGGGUCGACCAGUUCGACCCCUCGACGGACGAGGGGCGAAAAGGAAUCAAUAGCUUCUUUAAUUGGUACUACACAACAUUCACAAUUGUGUUGGUGAUCACCCAAACAGUUGUUGUGUACAUACAAGAUGAAGUUAGCUGGAAGAUUGGUUUCGCUAUUCCAACAAUUUGCAUGUUGUGUUCAAUAAUCUUGUUCUUUGUGGGAACAAGGAUUUAUGUUCAUGUGAAGCCAGGAGGGAGUGUCUUUUCUGGAAUUGCACAAGUUCUAGUUGCUGCCUAUAAAAAGAGGAAAAUUGAGCUCCCAAGUGAGAAGCAGGGUCUUGGAAUUUACUAUGAUCCACCCUUGGAUGGGACAGCAAAUCAUGUUUUGUCUAAGCUUCCUCUCACCAAUCAAUUCAGUGGUUUGAACAAAGCAGCCAUAAUAAUGGAGGGUGAACUAAAGGAAGAUGGGAGCAGAGUAAACCAUUGGAGACUAGCAAGCAUUCAACAAGUGGAAGAAGUCAAAUGCUUAGCAAGAAUAUUCCCAAUUUGGGCCGCAGGUAUUCUAAGCCUAGUUUCCAUGGCCCAACAAGGAACAUUCACAAUCUCACAAGCUUUGAAAAUGGACCGUCACUUGGGACCGAAAUUCCAAAUCCCAGCAGGGUCCUUAAGCGUCAUUUCACUCCUCACCAUAGGCUUCUGGGUCCCAUUCUAUGACCGAGUCAUGGUUCCAUCACUAAGGAAAGUCACAAAGCACGAAGGUGGCAUCACCUUGCUCCAAAGAAUUGGAAUUGGAAUGGUUUUCUCAGUCUUGUCCAUGGUUGUUGCUGGUUUGGUUGAGAGGGUUAGAAGAAACGCCGCAAAUUCGAACCCGAAUCCGUUGGGAAUUGCACCCAUGUCAGUGUUGUGGCUUGCCCCACAAUUGAUUCUAAUGGGUUUGUGUGAGGCGUUCAACAUAAUUGGACAAAUUGAAUUUUUCAAUAGACAGUUCCCCGAUCAUAUGAGAAGCGUUGCUAAUGCAUUGUUUUCGUGCUCUUUUGCGGCGGCUAGCUAUGUUAGUAGCAUAUUAGUAACCGCGGUUCAUGGUGUUACUAGAACACAUAGCCACCCAGAUUGGUUAACUAAUGAUUUAAAUGCUGGGAGGUUGGAUUAUUUUUACUAUCUUAUUGCUGUGAUUGGAGGAUUGAACUUGGUUUAUUUUGUGUUUGUUGCUCAAAGAUAUCGUUACAAGGGGAGUGUUGAUCUUCAAGAGAAAGAUCAAGAUGUUGAGUUAGCUUCACAUAAUACUAAAGAUUAGGGAGAAUUAGGUUAUUAUUAUUACUGUAAUUCUAUAAUAAGCUCAUGUGUAUGUAUGUAUAUAGAUAAACCAAAGAGAAAAAAAGAAAAGAAAGAUGACAUGACCUUCUCUUACUUUUUUGGAAUGUUAUGCUAAUGCAAUAAUAAUAAUAAGGUUCAAUAUA